AAUGAAAAAUGCACUCAAACGAAUUAAAUCCUGCGAAAAUUUUAUUUUUCAUAUUUUAUCUACAUGAAUAAUGAAUUUAUGAUCAUGUAGGAAUGAUUUUAAUGAAAAAAAAUGAAGAAAUUAGGUUAUAAACAACACUGUUUUUCAACAUUAAAGAUGAAAGUUAUACAUAAACUUGACAAAAUUAUACCUUUUGGCGGAUAUUACAACACUCACUGGUGAAAUAUAAUUAAAUAAUCGUCGAAUCUUGUCAAAAUCCCACUAAAAUCAUCUAAUUGGUUUGAGAUGUUGAUGGUUUCUUGAUUCUUGAUUAGAUAACCUUAUCCAUCCAUUGUAGUUGGAUGGUUGUAUUCACAAUGCAGAUUUAAAACGCAUUUUAGAUUAUAUGGUUCACUAUUCAUUUCACUGCGAUGUUAUUCCAGUAAAACACAGGCACUAAUACACAUCAGUUUUCAUUUUUAUGCACUUCACAAGAUAUCUACACAUCCGAAUCACACAAUGUCACAACACAAACAGAUCGCGAAAAAUUCACUUUUGUACAAAAAUAAAGUAAUCCAACACCACCAGUAGUUGAAAACAACAAUAUCUCAUCCCUACACCACAUUUUAGAACGAAUAUUAAUUAAAAUGUCAUCAUUUUAAUAACGUUUUUAACGAAAGUUUUACUCUAUUUCACGAACUCGCCAUUAAAUGUACGUUAAAAUUCAAAUGGUAAACACAAUCGAGCCAUCUACUAGUGGUGACGUCAGAAGGUGAUAACGAUUCAGCGCUCAGGCCUUUUACUAUAGGUGGUAUUGGUAGUCACCAUUACUUAUUAGUUAUUAUUACUUGAUAAUUGAAUAUUAUUUUAAUAUUUUUGCAAUAAUUAUUAAAUCAUUUAGUGUUCAUUAAGUAGUGUUGAAUUGCUCUAUCGUGAUGAUUCGAACAACAGAAUAAAACAUAGGUACUCAUUACACGUUCAAAAGUAAGUUCGUAGCUGGUGAUUUUUAGUGAUGUCGCGUAGUCGCCAUGAAAGUUCUAGCCGCCAUGAAAAUCCAGAUUGUAAGGUUUACAUCGGAGAAUUAGGUUUUAAUGCUUCGAAACAAGACGUCGAAGACGCAUUUUCAUAUUAUGGUCCAAUACGUAACGUGUGGGUGGCCAGGAAUCCACCAGGUUUCGCAUUCGUCGAGUUCGAAGACGUUAGAGAUGCCGAAGACGCGGUCAAAGAAGUUGACGGCAGAAGAACCGUCUGUGGAAGACGUGUUCGCGUAGAACGGGCUGGCAAUAGACGGGGUAGAGGUGGUUUUAGAGGACGCUCGUUCCGUGGUGGCGGUGGUGGUCACCGAGGACGAUCUUUUCAUCCCGAUGAGCGUGAUCGAUGUUUCGAAUGUGGAGAUCGAGGACAUUAUGCCAGAGAGUGUAGACAUAGACGUGGAGGACGACGAAGUCGAGGUCGAGGCGGUGGCCGGUCCUACAGCAGAUCAAGAUCCCGUUCAGGAUCGCGCGAUCGUCGCUCAAGAUCUCGCGAUCGUCGUUCAAGAUCUCGGGACCGUCGUUCGAGAUCUCGCGAUCGUCGCAGUAGGUCGCGGGCUGAUCGUCGAUCCAGAUCUAAUUCAAGUUCCCGUUCACGUUCACCAUCUCGUACUAGAAAUAAUAAGCGUAGCAGAUCUCGUUCCGAUUCACCACGUAAUAACGAUCGUAAAGCCAAAUCUGUAUCUAGAUCGCGUGAUCGGUCAGUAUCCAAAUCGAAAGCCAAAUCAGUAUCUAGAUCACGUGAUCGAUCAGUUUCCAAAUCGAAAUCUAAGUCGAGGACACCGGCUCCGAGGAAAGCCAGUUCUGGAUCUCCUGCGAGAAACGGUGAUGCCUAAUUCUCCGCUACCUUUUUUUUUUUUUAUUUGCUGUGUUAUUUCUCAACCUCACGAUUCAGUUUUUAUUUGACACAUUCUUCUUACGUUAGUUUAAAAUGAAACAGACAGUCUUAACUUUUAAGUUCACAUAGACGAACUGUUGGUUUGCAAUAAUUUUUCUUUUUCAUCUUUUACAUUUUUUUUUUUUUUCGUUUUUGUGUUAAGUAGUCUAUUUCAAGGUGAAAUGAAAAAUUAAACGUUUAAUGCUAAA